AAUGUUUCAUGACGUCACGGCCUUCCUUAAAGCGAACAGCUGCAGAACUUUCUUGUUUUUGUGUCCACGUCUUCCUCGUUACCUCGACUCAAAAAGUAUUUCCAGCUGCCGGUGUGUGAGCACGUGUGUUUUCAGUUGUGUGUCGUGACUGUGAACAUUAUCAUCGACAGCUGGAUUGAAAACGUGUUAAAGGAGCCCGAAGAAAGAGAACCAUGCUCCGCUGCCGGAGGUGUCGGAAAGGCAUCAUAGACUCGACAUGUUUGUCAGUGGUUGAGGCCACAGAUGAAAGCUCAGCUGCUGUUUGCAGUAUUUGGCAUGUGAAUGUUGACACGUUGCCAGAGUGGAUACUGAGCUCAGUUCACCAGGCCCAGUGGACCGUAGGAAAACUGAACUGCCAGAACUGCACAGCUCGUUUGGGUGGCUUCAACUUCAUUAACCGUUUUGAGUGUCCCUGUGGCCUGGACGCCACUGUCCACCUUAACAAAAGCCGUGUGGACGAUGACAAUAAACGUUACGUUCUCAUCGUCCAGCCGAGGAGGACAAGGCCCGAAAAGGGACGUGCCGGUCUGCCAAUAGACGUCUCUCAGAACAAAGAGCAGAGGCCUGAAUUUAACAGGACUGCAUUGGACAGUUUACAGCUUAAUUGUGCUGCUGUCAUGUCCCACAUCAGCCCUGCAGAGGCCUCUAAUUCACUGGCUGACGAUGAAAACACCCAGCCAUUCUCUUUCAGUCCUCUGUACUGCAUCUCUCAAAGGAGACGGCGCAGUUUGGAAGAUGAUGCCGUCAUCAGUUCAUCAUGUUUUUGCGCUGCAGGCCCUACGGACAAGUCUGCUGUUGAGAUGACAAGAGCCGGCACAGAUGAGUCUCCACGGCCUCCUGUUUCGUAUCCCACAAGUCAGCACUUUGACCUUGAUGGUGAAGCGUCUGUCAACGCUGUCGCCCGUCGUUCAUCUAUUUCUGGAAGGACACGGUCACCUCUGAAUCAACAGCUGCCACAAACUGUGGAGGAUGUCGAGUCAUCUCCAGAGACCACGACUAUCCACGAGGAGGUUUCUGAUUCAGCCCUGUUCCUCAGAGGGAGAUCCAUCUCUGACAGUGUAGCAGAGCACGACGAGGAAUUGGUGCCUCAAGCCUUUAUGGCCUCCCCGGACUCAAGCAGACUGAGCAAAAGAGAGAAGAACCGUCUGAAGAGCUUGCGCAGGAAACAGAGGAGGAGAGAGCGAUGGCUGCACAGUGAGCUGGAGCAGGCUAAGAGUGUGAGCACUUCACUGCUGGACAGUGAGGAGGAGGACAGAGAGGGCCUCACCUGCGCCGUGUGUCUCGAUGUCUACUUCAGCCCGUACAGCUGUCAGCCCUGCGGUCACGUGUUCUGCGAGCCGUGUCUCCGUAUAAUCACCAAGAACCGACCCACAGACACACCCUGCCCUCUGUGCCGCACCCUGAUCUCUCAUACCAACUUCGACAAAGAUCUCAACCAAACGGCUAAGACCUUCUUCCCAAAAGUGUACCAUGCCCGCAAGCAGAAUUUCAAGAGCGCUUCGUGUGCAAAAUGGCCUCUGCCCAGCUGUCACAAACACUUCCGUAUCUUCUGGAGAGAUCAGAGACGGGCAGUGAUGGCAGGAAGACGCUGGCACUUUGCCCAUGGAGGUUUCACGCUGGAUCCUUUGGACCUGACUGACAUGCGCGGCUGGCUCUUUGACAUCGGCCUGGUCACCGUCUACAUCCACUCAGUCACCUGGAUCCUGGCCUUCUUGUUCCUCUGUUUGCUCACAUACUAUUUCUUUUUUUGAGACACUGAGGAAUUGCAGUGCAGGGCAGUUUUUUUCUUUUCUUCAAAGUGUUUGUGUGUGUGUGUGUGUGUGUGUGUGUGUGUGUAAUGUGGUUUUCCUGGUCAAACCUGUUUUUAAGUGGCAAAGUAUUUUACAAAUGGAGGUGGUCGUGAUGUGCAUAGAAGUAAGGAGCAGGAAACUGAUCAUUUGCAGGUUUGCACGCUCGCAAAAGUUGAAAAUAUGGGUCACCUGACUACAAACAUUUUAAAAUGUAAUGAUUUGAACAAAGCUUAGAGCCCAACACCCAUGGUAUAAUACACUUAGGAGUUUUGAGAGAAAUAAUGGGCAGAGCUGAAGUACAGAAAAACUGAAGCGGAGUGGUGUUUCAUCUGUUAAUUUACUUUGCACAUCAGGAAGACCUUGUCAAAAGGGUGCUGUUUGGUGAUGAAACCUUUGGGUUAUGGAAGUAUUUAUCAGACAGAGAAAAACAAAAGAUUGAUGCCACCCUCAAGUCUGUGAGUUAAGUACGGUGCUGGAGCCCGGAGGCAAUUAGCCUUGCUUAGCAUAAAGAUUGGAAGCAGCUAGCCUGGCUCGGUCUGUAGUUCAAAAAUAUGCCUACCAACAACUCUACUAAUAAACAUUUUAUUGUUUAAUUAGUACGCUCUUACAUUAUGUGCUUCUGAUUUGUUGGUGCUGCCUGUUCCUCCUGUUCCCCCCCAUCUCUCUCUCUCACACAUACAUGAGAUCAUUAAUGAUGGUUUUCAUCUACCUCUCUAAAUAAAUGCAAAUAUAUUGAAACUAUUUGAUGUAGCAUGGGCAGAAUAUUAGGAGACACUAUGACACUUACUGAAAAAUGAGGGAGAGUCCGCUAUAGACACAAAACUUCAAAUUUAGAGUCAUUACUCCUGUGUCAUUGGAGGAAGUUCAGCUUUGUGUUUUGUUGAUGCUCAUUGAAAUUGUGUAAUUUACAUCACAUUUGAAGUGAGAUGCACUGCUGUGAAAGUUUUGCUUCUACGUGUACAUGUUUUAUUUACAAAGUAGAGGGAUGCUCAGGACUCAAAUUUCUGAACAGGUUCUAACAGAUUCACAAAUGGGGAAAUUACCCGUUUCAAUGGUGCCUUUGCUUAGUCUGUGCUUUCUGUCUAUAACAAAUAAUAUAAAACUGGAAUUGAGCAGCUUUUAGCUCUCUGGCACAAAUUGUUCUCCAUUCACAGGGAGAGAGAAAUUUAAAGAAUAUAAAUUUUUCACUAAACACUAUGUCUUUUUUUAUUGAAGGAAAAGUUUGAUUAAGAAAAUCUGUGUUAAUAUUGUGUAAGAGUUUAUUGUCUUGCUACAAAUCAACUAGAAAGAAUAAAAGGUGUGUUAUUUGA